CACUCCUGCUGGCGGGCGAGCCCGUUCACGCGGCCGAAGGGUCAGAUUGGCCCUGCGAGGCGGAAGCACGCCCCUGAGGUUCCGGAGAGCGCAGCCCGGGCAAGAGCUGCAGCAUGGAGGAGGCGCCCCACGGCUGCCCCGGGGCCGACAGCGCCCAGGCGGGCCGAGGAGCCUCCUGCCAGGGAUGCCCAAACCAGAGGUUGUGCGCAUCCGGAGCCGGCGCCGCACCGGACCCGGCCGUGGAGGAAAUCAGAGAGAAGAUGAAGACGGUGAAACACAGGAUCUUGGUGCUGUCUGGGAAAGGUGGCGUUGGGAAAAGCACAUUCAGUGCCCACCUGGCCCACGGCCUGGCAGAGGAUGGAGACACACAGGUCGCUCUUCUGGACAUUGAUAUCUGUGGGCCAUCAAUUCCCAAGAUCAUGGGCUUAGAAGGAGAGCAGGUUCACCAGAGUGGCUCCGGCUGGUCUCCAGUGUAUGUGGAGGACAACCUGGGGGUGAUGUCUGUAGGCUUCCUGCUCAGCAGCCCAGACGAUGCUGUCAUCUGGAGGGGACCAAAGAAAAAUGGUCUGAUCAAGCAGUUCCUCCGUGAUGUAGACUGGGGAGAUGUAGACUACCUCAUCAUAGACACCCCACCUGGCACCUCUGAUGAACACCUCUCGGUGGUCCAGUAUCUGGCUGUGACGCACAUCGAUGGGGCGGUGAUCCUCACUACCCCUCAGGAGGUGGCCCUCCAGGAUGUCCGGAAAGAGAUCAACUUCUGCCACAAGGUGAAGCUGCCCAUCCUCGGUGUGGUAGAGAACAUGAGCGGUUUCAUCUGUCCCAAGUGCAAGAAAGAGUCUCAGAUCUUCCCUCCCACAACUGGGGGUGCAGAGGCCAUGUGCCAGGACCUGAAGAUCCCUCUUCUGGGCAAAGUGCCACUGGAUCCACACAUAGGCAAGAGCUGUGACAAAGGCCAGUCUUUUUUUGUUGAGGCCCCAGAUUCGCCAGCCACAGCAGCCUACAAAAGUAUAAUUCAGAGGAUCCGAGACUUUUGUAAUCCUCAUCAGUCACAUGAUGAGAGCCUCAUCAGUCCCUGAAGUGGAACAGGGCCAAGUGCCACCUGCUAACCAUAGAGCUGGCAGGCCAUGUGUCCAUCUACACCUGGUGGAGGGGACAGGUGGUACCACAGCCACCAGAUGCUGACAGGAUUUGAAGUCACUCAUUAAGACACUGUAAUCAUCCAUCUCCUCGAGAUCAAAGGCGCAGGCACUCUGUAUCCAGGCACCAUUCAUCGGAAAAUAAAAAGGUCUCCUUGAA